GUGUGUGUGUGUGUGUGUGUGUGUGUGUGUGUGUGUGUGGAGAAAAAGAACGGAUAGAAAGAGAAAGAAAACGGGAGAGCUAGAAGACUGAAACUACAUAGCUACAAAGUUUGUUGUUAAGGUGGAGAAGGAGGGCGGAGCGCGCGAAGAAGAGGGGAACAAUCCUUCCCGUUUUGUUUUAUUUUUCAAACGGGAAGGUUUUAUUUUGAAGCACUUUUUUUCUUCUUCACCAGUUUACCUGGAGUAUUAUUGAUUAGACGAAGAGGACAGUUUAACCGUAAAAACCGACCAUGCCACGAGCCUUCCUUGUAAAGAAGGCGAGACACUCGCCCGGUAAGCGGAACUGGAGCGAGCUGCCAGACCACGAGCGCGGGUACGUCUAUAUCCCAGUGUCUGCAUUCCCCUUAUUGGAGGAGACUGAAGCCAGUCCAGCAGAGACCGCUCUCUGUCUCUCCACGACGACACGCUGCGAAUACACCAAACACACAGAAACGCACAGCGUGAUGACCCCUAGAGCGGAGUUGCCCUCGUGCACUGUGCUGGGUCGACCCCAAAGCCCAGGUCAGGGGUUAGAGGUCAAGAGGAGGGCACAGAGCAGCACCUAUGUCCGCUCCAAAAUCAAGGUGACUACAGGUGAGCUACCCAGUGAAAUUCCGAUACCUCCCCAGCCUUCCAUCCCUGAAAUCACCACGAAACCUGUUGCCUUGACAACGUCCCCUACUGCCCCAGUCUCCACAGUAACGAGGUCAGGGACAGGUGCUCAGGCGUCGUUCGUGUGCCAGAUGUGCCAUAAGGUGUUCCGGUACCAGAGGAUGUUGAACCGUCACCUGAAGUGUCACAGUGAUACGAAGAGACACCUGUGUAACCACUGUGGCAAAGGAUUCAACGACACCUUCGACCUGAAGAGACACGUCAGAACACACACAGGAGUGCGUCCUUACAAGUGUUCUCUCUGUGACAAGGCCUUCACCCAGCGCUGCUCUCUAGAGUCUCACAUGAAGAAGAUCCACGGUGUGACCCUGCAGUACGCCUAUAAAGAGAGACGCAACAAACUCUACGUCUGUGAGGAGUGUGGCCACACCGCCCCUUCCCAGGAUGCACUGCUCAAACACUACCACGCCCUCCACCCCAACUCCGCCUUCCUGAGGGGGAAGGGGGCGAAAGGGGGGAGGGGGGCAGGGGGCGAGGAGUCGAUGCCUGGGUCGCCGCUUUCGAACUGUCAGUAUAGUGAUGAUACUACAGGCUCGGGGGGGCAGUAG